UACUACACCUAUGUUUCUACCCCUUCAUACUCACAAAUACAAACUACCACCUUCCUUCCUAUACCAAUGGCUGCCAUAAUACUUCCUUUAUAUAUCACUCUUUCCUCUCUUUUCUUCCACAUUCAUGCUAGUGUCCCCGGAAUAUACUCUAAUGGCGGUUGGCAAACUGCCCAUGCCACCUUUUAUGGUGGUUCGGACGCCUCCGGAACCAUGGGAGGAGCUUGUGGAUAUGGGAACUUAUAUAGCGAAGGAUAUGGAGUAAAUACAGCAGCACUGAGCACAGCUCUAUUCAACAAUGGACAAAGUUGUGGAUCAUGCUAUGAGCUGAAAUGUGCUAAUGAUCCGAGAUGGUGUCACCCGAGUAGUCCAUCUAUAUUCAUCACUGCUACCAAUUUUUGCCCACCAAAUUACGCAUUGUCGAGUGAUAAUGGCGGUUGGUGUAAUCCUCCUCGCCCACAUUUUGAUCUUGCUAUGCCUAUGUUUCUUAAGAUUGCUGAGUACCGUGCUGGCAUUGUUCCUGUUGCUUUCCGCAGGGUGCCAUGCAGAAAGAAGGGAGGAAUUAGAUUCACAAUCAAUGGUUUUCGUUACUUCAACUUGGUAUUAAUAACCAACGUGGCAGGUGCGGGUGAUAUUGUGAAUGCAAGUGUGAAGGGUUCAAGAACAGGGUGGAUGAGCAUGACCCGCAAUUGGGGCCAAAAUUGGCAAUCAAAUGUUGUUUUGGUUGGUCAGUCACUCUCUUUUCGUGUCACAGCCAGUGAUCGUAGAACUUCUACUUCUUUGAAUAUUGCUCCUUUUAAUUGGCAAUUCGGUCAGACUUUUCUCGGCAAAAACUUUAGGGUUUGAUACAUCAUACAUGUCUAAUUAUACUUAGCCUAAAAUACCAUUGUAGCCCCCUUAUUUCUUCAACUUGGGUAGAAGAAAAUGAAAGGAAAAUUAGAGG